AUGCACAACUGCCCUUUCCACAUUGCGACUUGCCAAGGCUGCAAUGGCACAAUCGAAGAUGACCGACUCGAAGAUGAGGAUGACACGCAAUCGAACCCUUCUGGGCUGUCCUCCGUGCCCGAAGACCUCUUCUCCAGACCGCGAUCAAUGACUCCGUCGUCCAGCGUAUCGUCUUUCCACAGCCCUGAAGCUACACGGAUGCAACUUAAAGAAGAGUUCCUCAAGCUGUACUUUCCCGCUGGCAUAUCCGGUCAUGACACCGACUUCAUGUACUCAAAAUUUCUGGCGCGAGAGGCCCUGGACGGAAUGGGCACCACAAUGAAUGCAGCAAUCGAUGCUUUAUCCCUCGCCCAGCUGGGAACGGCGCAUGCUGAUAAGCGCCUGAUACGUGAAGCUCAAACGCAGUAUCAAGUGGCCGUCGCAAACGUCAAUGCAGAUCUCGCACAAGCCAAUGCUAAGCAGGACGAUGGUCUCCUGGGUGCUAGGUAUCUGCUUGGGGUUUGCCAGAUACACAGCCCGCUCUCAGCAUUUCGAAGCAAAGAGUUACAUCUGAACGAACAUCUUGCCGCCCUCCGAGAAUUGCUGCUUGCUAGAGGACCGAACAGCCAGUACUCGAGAUUGGCGCAGCUUCUCCUGUACAACUUCCGUCACGUAUCUGGAAUCAUCGGCCAUGCUGAGCGGAAAAGAGUUGAACUUGCGGGUCCUGCUUGGAAGCGCUGUUCGGCGAUAACCGAUGGCAUCAUGGCUUCUCUCAGUGAGCACCUCAUCAGUGUGCCUGGUGUCCUCGAGAAAGCCGACCGAGCAAUGCAGCGGCCACACCGAGAACUUGGUGAGCUAUUUGCAGUACUCACUGAGCUUGCAACAAUGGAGCGCAACACACAAGCAUGGCUUCUUCAUUGGUACUCAUCCUUCGAUGCAAUGCCUUACUGGCAAAAUAGUGUGGAAUAUUAUACACAUUUUGAGCGAUCCACCAAAGGCGCACCCGCAGUCUUCAGCAAAACGCUACGAUUCCCGUCAUUUUCGCACGCAAGCGCACAUGUCACAUACUGGAUUUGCCUCCUACAAAUAAAACAAACCAUGCUCGAGAUCAACCGACUCUUCGGCCCACCCAUAUUGCCAAAGUCAGAAGACACCCUAAUCGCAGAAGCGACAGAAUGCGCCGACAGACUGUGUGAGAGCUUGGCGUGGAUAACACAACCCAAAUAUGGUUGGUGCGGUGCUCUACGAUCAGUUGGACCUCUCCACUAUGCUGAGAAAUGGUACGCAAGCCAGAUGGAUAUACAAAAGACAGCCUGGUGCCAGAAAGUUGGCGCGAGUAUCCAGAAAACAAAUAACAUUUGUGUCCACCACAAAGGCGGUCAAAAUCUACACGACGUCGGUGAUGAGCUCGAUAGGCUCCUGGACGCAGAUACCGAGGACAAGCGAUAUCUUCCCUGCUGA